AUGGCAGGCGAGGCCCGCGGCGGCGGGGACGCGGCGCUGCGCCGCCUCCUGAGGCUGCACCGCACCGAGAUCGCCGUGGCCGUGGACAGCGCCUUCCCGCUGCUGCACGCGCUGGCCGACCACGACGUGGUCCCCGAGGACAAGUUCCAGGUGCGCCCCGACUCCGACCCCACACCCCUUCCCCGCAGACUCCCCAAGCCCCGAAUUCAGACUAUGUCCGCUUCGGUCCAGAGAGCCGUGGCUGUGUCGUCUGGAGAUGUCCCAGGAGCCUGCGGGGCUGUGGAGGGGAUCCUCAUCCAGCAGGUGUUUGAGUCAGGUGGCACCCAGAAGUGCAUCCAGGUUGGCGGUGUUUACACUCCCAGCAAGUUUGAAGACCCCAGCGGGGGGAAGAGCAAAGCCCGCAGUGGCAGCGGCCUGAAGACCCUGGUCCGAGCGAAGGGUCCCCAGGUUGCUGCCCCUGCUGCAGAGGACCCACGAGCAGGCCAGCAGGACAGGGUCCCGGCCCCCCUUCCCCUCCCCCUCCCCAGCGAGCCCCAGCUCCACCAGAAGAACGAGGAUGAGUGUGCCGUGUGCCGGGACGGCGGGGAGCUCAUCUGCUGUGACGGCUGCCCCCGAGCCUUCCACCUGGCCUGCCUGUCCCCACCGCUCCAGGAGAUCCCCAGUGGUACUUGGAGGUGCUCCAGCUGCCUCCAGGGAAGAGCCCAGCCAGACCUGCCUGGGGCCAAAGAGCCACCUGCGGAGACCCCGGGCCCGGCGUCCGGCGCGCGGUGCGGAGUGUGCGGGGACGGCACGGACGCGCUGCGGUGCGCGCACUGCGCCGCCGCCUUCCACUGGCGCUGCCACUUCCCCGCCGGCGCCCGGCCAGGAGCCGUCCUGCGCUGCAGAUCCUGCUCCGGAGACCCCGGCCCGGCCCCCGGGGAGGCGGCGCCCGCCCCGAGCCCUGCCCGCCCGGCGCCCGGGGCGGCCAAGGCAGGGGAUGAUUCUACUGGUCACGAGCCCGUUCUGCACAGGGAUGACCUGGAGUCCCUCCUGAGCGAGCACUCCUUCGAUGGCAUCCUGCAGUGGGCCAUCCAGAGCAUGUCCCGCCCGCUGGCUGAGGUGCCCACCUUCCCCUCCUAACCCGGAGGGCCAAGCCUGGAAGCAUGGAGGGGAAGGGGCCGAGUGAGAUCAGAUCCUCCCAUCCUUGUGAGUGUCCACUUACUUGUGCUCACGGUGACUCUGCUCUGAGAGGGACGGAGGGACAAGCUCCCUCGCCCCUGGAGCUGUCCAGGUUGGAGCCAAGAGGAACUGACAGGUUCCAAGUAUUGUCUGUGCCGCUUGUAAACACAACCCGUCUUUGUAAGCACAAGCCAUCAUGUGCCCUGAAAUUAAAGUCACGUCUGUGUGGGUUAA